AUGGCAGACUACCAGAAGCGUGUGAACAGCGGCAACGACUUGGACUACGAGGCUUUGAGCAAGUUGACUCAAUUCAAGGCGUUCAAAAACAACCCAGAAGAGCUCCAGCGUCACGAGCCUGCGCUGCUGAAAGAGUUCUACGAGGUUUACUUAGCGGACCAAGCCCUGAAAGCAGACGCACACGCGCAGACCGCUGGAUCGGGUUCGCCGAAGCUAUCGCAACGUGGCAGAGCCGAGCGCCUGGCGAUCGAGCAAUGCGACAUCCAGGCGGCUCAGCCAUCGUCAGACCAAGCUCCAGGGCCUCCAAUCUCGCAGACACCCGUGGUCGUGCAGGAGGAAGGUGCCCCAGCUCGGAGCCUGCAGACCCACCCUUUGCGAAGGGGCCAUGCUAAGAAACUCCAGGAUGUGCACAAAGACAUGAACAACCUCACGAGAGAGGUGGACGAGCGCAAGAAAAAACUGGAGGACCGGGAGAACGAGGUGGCUACGCGAGAGAAGAAUAUGGAGAACAAGGAGGAAGAACUACAAGUCAAAGCCGAGGAGCUGCAAUCUCAUGAGGCCAAGCUCAAAGAGGAGAGCCGGCGUCUCCAGAACGUAA